UGGCGUUGCGAGGCUGGGAGCAGGCGCUCUCAAGCCUCACUCUCCUAACUUCGUCUACCGGUUAUUUCUUGGCAGUGACAGCGCCGCUUUUCAGCUGAGAAAAGCAAAACAACCACAACUGCAGAACAGUUUGUAGUGCUUCACACGGAGGGAAUGUAUUCUGUUUGAUCCUAUAUUAACUCAAAACUGCAACAGGAUUUAUACGACGUGCGCUAGCGGCUAUGUCUCUACUUUGUGUGCGGGUCAAGAAAGCCAAACUCCAUGGACCCCCAGAAAAGUUUAAUGCCUAUGUGACUCUGAAGGUACAGAACGUGAAAAGCACAACGAUCACAGUGCGUGGGGACCAGCCAUGCUGGGAACAGGACUUCAUGUUCGAGAUCAGUCGCCUGGACCUGGGCCUGAUUGUGGAGGUGUGGAACAAGGGGCUGAUCUGGGACACCAUGGUGGGGACCGUCUGGAUCCCUCUGGGAAGCAUCCGGCAGUCCGAGGAGGAGGGCCCAGGGGAGUGGGCCGUGCUGGACGCAGAGGUGCUGAUGAAGGAGGAUGAGAUUUAUGGCACCAAGAACCCCACGCCACAUCGCCUCCUGCUGGACACGCGGUUCGAGCUGCCCUUUGAUAUCCCAGAAGAGGAAGCUCAAUACUGGACCAGCAAACUAGAGCAGAUCAACGCCAUGCGAGACCACGACGAGUAUUCACUGCAAGAGGAAGUUCAGAAGAAGCCGCUACCCACCGCUGCCUCCCAGUGCUCCCUGGAAGAUCAUGACAGCGCAGUGGAUGACCGGGAUAGCGACUACCGCAGCGAGACCAGCAACAGCAUCCCCCCACCGUACCACACCACGGCCCAGCCCAACUCUUCCCUGCACCAGUACCCUGUCCCUCCCAGGCUGCAGCACCAGGCAGACUCGAAGGACUCGGAGUCCAUGCAGAGCUACGACCUGGACUACCGGGACCAGAAAGAGAUCAGAUGGCACAGCAGUGUUGACUCCGCUGCGAAUGGCCGUAGUGAUCUAGAGUCGGGCUCUAGUCAACUGACCAGCCGCAAGUUCUCACUAGGGAGCCGGCAGUCUCUAGAUCUGUCCAAUAGCCCGGUGGGGAGCAGUCACUACAACUCCUCUGGUAACCUGAGCGAGGGCAGCUCCCAGCUGAGCGAACUCGACCAGGAGAGUGCGCCAGGCUCCGAGUCGGAAGAAUGCCACGACCGGGAGUCCUUCCACUCCUACCACAGCACAGGCAGCUACAAGCCCAACGGCACAGACUGGGAGGAGGAGGUGGCGGCGGCCAGGGUGCGAGCCGAGGACCAGGACACCUUCACCAGACUCGAGGACAGGGGGCCGGACGUCGCCCCCGAGGGGCUCCCGGAGCCAAUGCACCCCCCCGAGAGGAGGCUGAGCAAGGAGCCCAGCAGGUGA